UGGGAUGGCAACCCUACAAAUUUUUCCUACACAGUGGAAGUAAGAAACCCGCUUCGUGGUAAAUGGGAAAGGAAGUGUAUAUUGACAAAAAAUACAGAAUGUGAUGUCACUGUUCUGCUUAAGGAUGUCAACGUCGAUUAUAAUGUCCGAGUCAUUUCAGAAAUUUCCUCAGACGAUAUUCUUGUUGAAGAGUAUCCCUACGCGGAAAAGGCCCAGACUUUAAUCCUUAUGAUCAAACAAUCAUUGGAAAACCAGUUUUUGAAAGUUUUGACUUCAAUGAAGACCACACUGAACUCAAAGUUGUUGUUAAAUCUCCAGUAACACCCUACAGAUUCGAUAAUAAAAACUCUUAAGACUGUUCAUGAUAUGUUUGGAGAAGAUUUCCAGUAUACGCUUUUUUACAGGAAGGACGGCAGCACAGGAAAGAAAGAAGCACAUUCUGCAACCGAUGAAAUUGUUAUCAGCACAUCCAAAGGGGAAGGCUAUUGUUUUUUUGUGCGGGCCACCAUUCUGUCUCGCAAAACAAACCGUUACAGCCAAGACUCAGAUGAAAAAUGUGCCUCGUCUAAAGGCAGUAGUGAAUUUGAUUUUACUAUUCUGGUUGCUGUAAUUGUAGCAGUUGUCCUUCUCAUAGUUAUUAUAAUCCUGUUGGUGAUCGUGUGCUUGUGUAGAAAAAAGAAAGAAGAAAAGACGAAGGAGACAGAGCCACUAAACAAUGUUUAA